AUGGCUGAUCAUCCCGACAAUCAGAGUACCCGCGGGGUCAGGCUGCCCGAUCGCCAUAUCUCCUCGCCCUCAGGUGUAUCAGUCCAUGAAGUUACUCAUGAUCUAGUACCCGACCUUCCUCACAUCGCUCGAAGGCCGCAUCAUACAUCUCCUAAACGUACUGAGAGCUUUGGUUCGGAUGCCACACUCUUUGGUGUCGAUGCACCUUUUGACUUUGAGAAGGUGGUGCUCGAGGCCGCCAAAAGGUACGUAGCGUCUGGUAUAAGAACCAGGGAGCUCGGUGUUAUGUUCAAAGAUCUUUGUGUAAUCGGUCUUGGUUCUUCAGUAAGCUACCAGGCCACGUUCAGUUCUCUUUUCAAUCCAGUGCAUGCAUGGAAUGCAUUGAAAAAUUGGCGCAACCCUUCACUGAGAACAAUUCUUACUGGGUUCGAAGGCAUUGUUCGCCCUGGGGAAAUGCUAUUGGUCCUAGGAAAUCCGGGUUCAGGGUGUAGCACAUUUCUGAAGACUCUAGCAAAUCAACGCGGGGAAUAUCACUCGGUUCAAGGCGACGUUCGCUACGAUUCAUUUACCCCGGAAUAUAUUGCUAAACAUUUUCGUGGAGAUGUGGUGUAUUGUCCUGAAGACGACGACCAUUUUCCUACACUUUCCGUCGACGACACUUUACAGUUUGCAGCGAAGAUGCGUACGCCACAACAUCGCAUCGACAACAUGAGCCGAAAGCAGUUCAUACAUGAUAUCACCACCGUUCUCCAGACGACUUUUGGUCUCUUACAUGUAAGGAAGACUCCAGUCGGGGAUGCUGCUAUCCGUGGAGUGAGCGGAGGGGAGAAAAAGCGUGUUUCGAUCACUGAGAUGCUGGCUACUCGAGCUCUCAUUGGCGCAUGGGACAACUCAACUCGCGGUCUUGACGCAUCGACGGCCCUCGAAUUUGCUCGUACGCUGCGUAUUGCGACGAAGACAGCAUGUCUGUCCACCAUUGUGUCUAUUUACCAAGCUGGCGAAUCACUGUACGGUCAGUUCGACAAAGUGUGUGUGAUCUACGAGGGUCGCAUGGCGUAUUAUGGGCGGGCAGAUCGUGCAAAGCAGUAUUUUAUGGACCUUGGAUUUGAGCCCAUGGCCAGACAGACUACCGCUGAUUUUCUUGUCACAGUGACGAAUCCCGAUGUGCGGAUUACACGACCUGGUUUUGAGAAUCGCGUACCAAGGACGGCUGAAGAGUUCGCGGAGCGUUUUCUUGUAUCGAACGCGUCCGCCGAUAAUCGUGCUGACAUGAAAGCCUAUGAAGCAGAAUUCAUAGGACAAGAACCACGUGCGCUGGCAUACAAGCAAAGUGCAUGGGCAGAGCGCGCUCGCACCCAUAACAAAAGCAGCCCGUAUACAAUUUCAAUAUCCAUGCAAAUAAAGGCUGUAGUAGCACGCAGGAUGCAAAUAUUGAAAGGAAGCUGGCUUCAAGAGGCCAUUCGUAUCGGCGCGUUUCUGUUCGAGUCGAUCAUUGUUGGCACGGUGUUCUACAAAACUCCUGGAAAUACGUCUGCAUAUUUCUCUCGUGGAGGCGUACUUUUUUUCGCGCUGCUUUUCGCUACACUCACUUCUAUGGCUGAAAUCCCAACUCUGUUCAGUCAGCGGCCAAUUGUCCUAAGACAUCUCAAGGCUGCCAUGUAUCACCCAUUCAUUGAAGCGAUCGCCAUUACUGUUGUUGACAUACCCAUCACCCUGUUAAGCAUGCUGAUCUUCUGUGUCGUGCUCUACUUUCUCGUCGGCCUGCAGUCAACAGCAGGUCAAUUUUUCGUUUUCUUUUUGUUCACUUCUGCGAUGACUUGGACAAUGAAGACGGUAUUUCGUGCCAUCGCCGCAGCAUUUGAUUCACCUGCACCAGCCCAGUCAGUCGCAGGAGUCGUAUUCCUUGGUGCUGCAUUCUAUACUGGCUAUACCCUUCCGAAACCGUCCAUGAUCGGUGCGCUGAAAUGGCUCACCUAUAUCAACCCACUUAGAUACGGCUUUGAGGGUCUUAUGACCAACGAGUUUCACACCCUUGAUGGGGCAUGCUCAACACUUGUUCCGAGUGGUCCUGGGUAUGAGAAUGUGUCCCUUGCAAAUCAAGUAUGCACCAUUGUCGGCUCUCUGCCUGGACAGGGAGUUGUAGACGGAGGAAGAUUCCUCGAGCUCUCGUACGGCUAUUCCAACCGAUAUCUUUGGCGUAACUUCGGAAUUGUCUGUGCAUUCGGUCUAUUCUUCUUCUUCUUGUUCCUGCUCUUUACCGAGAUCAAUACUUCGGCGUCAAGAAAUGCAUCGGUUUUACUCUUCAAGCGAGGAUCACGAUCCCCUCUGACUCCCACUUCGGGUGUGAAGGCGGACGAAGAGAAGGGUCGAACAGAAGAAUACACGCCAAGACUAGUCAAGACCAAAUAUACCGCGGAAAAGGCCUCGCGGGGCGUGCUCCUCUCGAACGAGAUUUUCACCUGGCAUGGGCUACAGUAUGAUGUACCCGUAGCUGGAGGCAAUAUUCGCCGUCUGUUGGACAACGUGUCCGGAUAUGUUGCGCCGGGCAAUCUGACGGCGCUUAUGGGAGAGUCAGGCGCAGGCAAGACGACCCUUCUGAAUGUUCUCGCCCAGCGAUUCACGACUGGCGUGGUAGCUGGGGAUAUCUUUGUUAACGGAGAACUGCUUCCAGUAGAUUUCCAAGCUCAGACGGGAUACUGCCAACAAACGGACACACAUCUCCCAACAGCCACGGUCCGCGAGGCGCUCUUGUUUUCUGCAAAGCUCAGACAGCCACCUUCCGUUCCGCUCGCGGAGAAGGAGGCCUACGUCGACACUGUCUUGGAAAUGUGUGGUCUCGAAGCUUUCGCAGACGCAAUUGUGGGCUCCCUAGGGGUUGAGCAAAGGAAGCGCACUACUAUCGGCGUUGAACUAGCAGCGAAUCCGAAAUUUCUGUUAUUCUUAGACGAGCCAACCUCUGGACUGGACGCGCGAAGUGCUUUUGCCAUUAUGAAGUUCCUACGCUCCUUAGCUGACCGUGGACUGGCCAUUCUGUGCACCAUUCAUCAGCCUUCCUCAGAACUGUUUCAGAUGUUUGAUCGACUUCUACUUCUUCGGAAGGGAGGACAGACUGUUUAUUUUGGUGACAUCGGCGAGAAUGCAUCUACCUUACUUCGAUACUUUGAGAACAACGGCGGGGAUCUGUGCCCGAGCGAAGCGAACCCUGCAGAAUACAUCUUAGAGGUUAUCGGCGCCGGUGCUACUGCGUCGAAAGAGAAAGCGGACGGCUGGCACGCCAUCUGGGAACACUCGAAGGAGGCGGAGCAGGUACACCAUGAAUUGGACAAUAUUGUCAAUGCAGGUCGCGGGUACUCUUUGGCAGCCAUCCAGAAGCACUCUGAAUACUCAACCAAUUGGUCAUACCAGACUACGACCCUUCUCACGAGGGAGCUUCAGAGACACUGGCGUGAUCCAAACUAUCUCCUUUCCAAGAUGUUGCUUAACGUUGCGGGGGGGUUGUUCAUCGGAUUUACCUUUUAUCAAGCUAAAGAUUCUAUCCAAGGGACACAGAACAAGCUCUUCUCUAUCUUCAUCAGCACUGUGCUGGGCCUUCCUCUGGCUAACCAGAUACAGGUCCCGUUCCUCGAGACGCGCGCGAUCUACCUCGUCCGCGAACGACCGAGUCGAAUGUACAGUUGGUCGGCGUUCCUCACUGCUCAGAUUCUCGGCGAGAUCCCGUUCAACAUCGCUGGGUCGUCUCUCUAUUUCUUGACCUGGUACUGGACGGUCGGUUUCCCUACGGACCGCGCUGGAUAUACGUACUUGAUGCUCGGCAUCAUAUACCCUCUCUAUUAUACAACGCUUAGCCAAGGCGUCGCCGCGAUGUCACCCAACAUAGAGAUAUCGGCCCUCUUAUUCUCGUUCUUUUUCUCGUUUGCGUUCAUCAUGAACGGGGUACUUCAGCCUUUCCAGCACCUUGGCUGGUGGAAAUGGAUGUACCGAGUCUCGCCGCUCACGUACUUCCUCGAGGGCGUCUUUGGUCAAUCUGCCGGUAACUUGGAGGUCAACUGUGCAGCCGUGGAGUUUGUGACAGUCGAACCCCCUUUGGGUGAAACAUGCGUACAAUACCUCGCACAAUUUAUGACCACGGCCGGCGGGUAUCUCACAAACCCAGACGCGAACGCCCAUUGUCAAUAUUGCUCCGUGCGGACGACUGAUCAGUUUAUGGAAGCGAGCUUCAAUAUCUUUCCUUCACACCAUUGGAGAGAUUUCGGAUUGAUGUGGGUCUACGUCGCGGUCAAUAUUCUGAUCAUUUAUGCCAUGACCUACGUCUUUCACAUACGCAGGCCUGGUAACCCAAUCAACUUCGCCAGACGGAUUUUUUCCCGUAGGACUUCGUGA